AGCAUUGAAGUUUUCCUUUGAGACAUCUGCCGCUGCUUGGUCAAAAACAUCCAGAUUAGUUCCUUUUUAUCUUCAUUGAAGGUCUUACGGCUUUGAUAUAAUUUUUUGUACGACUGAUGAUGCUUGGUAAUUUGUGAAGCGUAGAAAAGCUUUAAUGGGCUGGAAUAAUGGCACGCUAAAGCAACUUUCAUUUUUAAUGAUUUUGAUGGUUUUGAUUAGUGUUUUGAGGACAACAAAGUGGAAAGGAUGUAGCUUCAUCAGUUUAAUAGUAACCGAGGAAGUUUGUUCAUUCAACUGCGGAAUCUCUUAGGCUAUUUACUCUCGUAUUUGUUAGUGUAGGUCUUAUUUAGGCGAUGUGGAAUGACCCUUGUAAUUCCCAUGACAAAUUUGUGGUCGUUUACGAUGGAAGAUCAGUGUUUGGACGAAGACGAAACAUUCCUGUCUGAAGAAUGGGAAACUCAAUCCGAAGAACUUAAUUUUCUUUGUACGAACCCAGGGGAGAAAGAUAUAUAUCGGAUCAAAGAGAGAGGAAUCAAAAGGAAAGAGUCCAGCAAAGUUGUCGUAGAAAGCGAAAGCUCUGUUGUAUCACUUGUUGAUCAACGUCGCUUUAUAUUACAAGUCACUUUUGAAAAGUUGCGUCGAUUAGAAGAUCCUGAAGCUUGUCUCAGGCGUACAGUUUUAAUAAACAAUACCUUGAAGAUGCUUCACAAGCAGAUCUACGCAGAAGAAAACCCGUUUGUUUGCGGCAGUGUAAUAACUCUACAGCCACCGGAGGCGACCACGAGAGAGGAUUCUUCGCCGCCACAUCCUAAAGUGAUAAGAUUAAGUUUUGACAACAACGUGGCGACGGGUGAUUCCAGGACAAAUUGUGUUGAAAACUCUUCAUCGUUAAUGGCCAAUGACAACUUGCGUGGUAGUUGUACAAUUUCUGAAUCUUUCCCGGAGGACGUAGACGACGAUGUGUUCGAAGAUGCCGAAGAAAUUGCUUGCGAUAGGGAAUCCUUGUUCGGCGAACUGGACAGUGUUUUUCAUAGCUACAUAUGUGCCUUGGAGACGUGAGUCUGAAAUUUUUAGAUACUUUUGGAAAUCGCAAAUGUUUGUAAAACUUUUGUUUAUUGCACCUUGGAGUUAUUUUAAUUUAUAGAACCUCCAAGGUCAACAUAUAUUUAUAUUAUACGUAUUGUACAAAGAGCAGAUUAUGUCGAUUAGUACAUAAGAUAUCGCAGAUUGUCGAUCGAAUAAGGAGAUAUUUUAUGUAUAAAUGGAAAAUUAACUUAAUCAAAUCAGCCAUUAGUAAGUUAUGAAGCCACAGUGAAUAUUUGUGCCGAACGUUUUGUACAAAAUCACAAUUUGUAUACCCUUGUAACAUAGAGAUCUGGUUUAAACGUAGUUCUUUGUGUUGAUGUUAUGACACACGCGAUAUAUCAAAAGAUUUAACCUUUAAUUUGGUAAUGAACAACGCACUUAACUUCGGAAGGAGGUUUAUCUGUGAAACUAGAAAGGAAAUCAAUGCUUUUUUCUCUCGCUAUGUUUGAACUAAAACAUGGAAAGGUAACACUUUUCUGCGUGGACAUAGCUGCUGCAUUUAAUUCCUGUAUGUGAGGUCACAACCUUCAUGGAGUUUUAAACUACGCCAAAAAUGUAAAUUGAAAAAAGAUCACGACUUCAAACCCAACAAUUCAUUCUCAUUUAUUCAGUAAUGGCUCAGUAAUAUUUUAUCGAUUGAGGGUUAAAUUUUUUUGUUGCAUUGCAAUCAACGGCUGCAUGGCACUUGUUCUUACAUUUGUUUCAAUUCAAGAACACAAUCUUGAUAUGUAGCGUUAUAUUUACUUCUAGAUGACCGUUUUACAUGUCUGUAGACACUGGCACUACUGGAAAACAGGAUACACUCCUGUAUACAGGUCGUUUCCUUUACCUUAUAAUACCAAAUUAGGCUACACACACAUGUAGCUAUGGACAGAGUCUUCUCUGCAGUGAUAAAAUCAACACUCGAUUUUACAUCACACCUAAAAUGUCUAAACUUUUUCGGAGGAAUUGUUACUGAAAGUGGCUUUUUUUAUCACGACAUUGUUUCCUUGGAAUGUUAUCAAUAGCAGUGUUAUUAUGUUUGUUUCUUCUGUCACAUGUGGUUUAAAAACUCAUCUGAAUAUAUUGACA